GAGAGAAGAGAGGAGAAGAAGAGGAGAGAGAGAUAGAGAGAGAAGAAUGAGGAGAUUCGAAGAAGAAAUGUCGAGCUCGAUUGCGCAGACACUGCUCCCCACCACCACCACCUUGAAAACUCUCUUGAUCAAGGGCCAAUGGAGUUCCGAAGAAGACAAGAUGCUGGUGAGGCUUGUGGACGAAUUUGGAGAGAAGAAGUGGUCUCAGAUCGCUUGCAGACUGGUCGGAAGGGUCGGAAAACAGUGUAGAGAGAGAUGGCACAAUCACCUUCGACCUGAUAUCAAGAAGGAUGCCUGGAGUGAGGAAGAAGAGAGGACACUAGUGGAGGCGCACGCUGACGUCGGGAACCGGUGGGCGGAGAUUGCCAAAUGCCUACCUGGGCGCACCGAGAACUCCAUAAAGAACCACUGGAAUGCAACCAAACGCCGGCAGCUCUCGACCAAACGAUCCCGUAAUAGUAAUAACAAUAACAACCACCACCAUGGAAACACCACCACCACCAGCACCCAACGCCCAUCAACGAGCUCAGUCCUCCAAGAAUAUAUUAAGACCCAAACCCUUCCAACCACAACAACAACAACAAGAAAUUUAAUGGUGGGUUUGCCUCCCCCAUUGAAAGAAAUCCCCGAACAAUUGCCGAAGAUGUUGCAGGCUGAACCCCUGGCAUGUGCUGGUUUUCCGAUUGCUCCUAAUCCAAUGGCUGGUAUGGAGAAUGGAUGCAGUAGUGGCAGUGGGAGCAGCAGCAGCAGUAGCUGCGGCGGUUAUAGUGUGUGUGAUAGGGAGAGCUGUUGUGAUAUGGAUCUGUUUAGCUUGUUGGAGUGUCAUGCAUGCGCUGGCGGAGGAAGUUUCAGAGGAGGAAGAAAUUAUUGUUAUGGACUGGAAGAAAAGCAGCAGAAGGAAGGACACGAUUGGUUUCCCGAGCCUAAAAUGGAGAUAGAAAUUAAAGAGGAGGAGGAGAAGGUGAGGAGGGAGGCCGAUCUGUUUGAGCUGGUUGCAGGCACGGUGCACCCUGAGUGUAGUAGGUGGACUGGUAAUAAGUGGGUGAUGGAACCUUCGUGUUUCUACUGAGAUGGGUGCCUCUAUCUUUAAUUUGAUGUUUUCAACUCUGUGUCUGUGUGUAUUUCUCUUGCUCUUUUUUUCUUUGUUUGAAUGGAAGCUCGCUCUUUCUCUCUCUUGAUUUUUCCCUUCGUUUGUUGCUUUUUUCAGUGUUUCAGCUC